CGUUCACCGAGCGUCCACCUCCCCUGGAGUAGGCGUCGCUCGACGCACCUUCGAGUACCUUCGAGGUAGGCGAGAGGAAGUGCCACGGCCAAAUCGAGAGGCGAGAUCCGGCGGAAAGGAGCGAGAAUGCGGUGGAGAUCACCAGGGGGCCCGCGGCCUUCCUUCCUGGCGAUGUUGCUGAUGAACGCGCUGGCAUUCGCGAGCGUGCUCGCCGAGGAGGAAUCUAUGGGACCCGUUUUCGUCAAGGAACCCCCAAAUCGAGUGGACUUUUCAAAUGGAACCGGAGCUGUCGUCGAGUGCCAAGCUAGAGGAAACCCCCAACCGGACAUCAUCUGGGUACGAUCUGACGGAACCGCGGUCGGCGACGUUCCCGGACUGAGACAGGUCUUGCCCAACGGAAACCUGGUCUUCCCGCCGUUCAGAGCCGAGGACUACCGGCAGGAGGUGCACUCCCAAAUCUACAGCUGUCUGGCGAAGUCUUCCGUGGGGUCGGUGCACAGCAGAGACGUCAACGUCAGAGCAGUUGUGGCCCAGUACUACGAUAUCGACGUCAACAAGGAGUACGCCAUCCGGGGCAACAGCGCGAUCCUGAAGUGCGUCGUGCCGUCGUUCGUCGCGGACUUCGUUAGGGUGCUGUCAUGGCACACCGACCAGGGCGAGGAGUUCACGCCCGGUGGCGAUUUCGAGGGCAAAUACCUGGUGCUACCUUCCGGAGAGCUUCACAUCAGAGACGUAGGACCCGAGGAUGGAUACAAGACUUAUCAGUGCCGAACCAAGCAUCGCCUCACCGGAGAGACCAGAUUAUCAGCUACUAAAGGCCGCCUCGUCAUCACCGAGCCGGUCUCGAGCGCAAAGCCGAAAUUCACGGCUUUUGACGUUAAGUCGACCAACCCCUGGACGGAGCUCGGAGGAAGCACCACCCUGCUUUGCCCUGCUCAGGGUUUCCCUGUUCCAGCGUUCAGAUGGUACAAGUUCAUCAACGGCACCUCCCGCCGCCAACCGGUGCAGCUGAACGAGCGAGUCCGCCAGGUGAGCGGCACCCUGAUCAUCCGUGAGGCACGAGUCGAGGACUCCGGGAAGUACCUGUGCAUCGUCAACAACUCCGUCGGGGGAGAGAGCGUGGAGACCGUCCUGACGGUUACGGCACCCCUCUCGGCCGAGAUCGAGCCCAGGACGCAGACCGUAGAUUUCGGCAGACCGGCGACCUUCACCUGCAACGUCGAGGGGAACCCCAUCAAGACCAUCUCCUGGCUCAAGGACGGGAAACCGCUGGGAUACGAGGAACCCGUUCUCAGGAUCGACGGCGUCAAGAAGGAGGACAAGGGCAUGUAUCAGUGCUUCGUCAGGAACGACCAGGAGAGCGCCCAGGCCACUGCUGAGCUGAAACUCGGAGGACGAUUCGAGCCGCCACAGAUCAGACAAUCCUUCAGGGAUGAGACUCUUCAGCCUGGACCCAGCGUCUUCCUGAAGUGUGUCGCCAGUGGGAACCCUACUCCUGAGAUCAUCUGGGAGCUCGAUGGAAAGAGGCUAUCCAACACCGAAAGGCUCCAGGUCGGACAGUACGUUACGGUCAACGGGGACGUCGUUUCGCACCUGAACAUCAGCAACAGCCACACGAAUGACGGAGGUCUCUACAAGUGCAUCGCCGCGUCAAAGGUUGGCUCUGCUGAGCACUCCGCAAGACUGAACAUCUACGGCCUGCCUUUUAUCAGACACAUGGACAAGAAAUCCAUCGUCGCUGGAGAAAACCUUCGCGUCACCUGCCCCGUUGCCGGCUACCCCAUCGAGAGCAUCGUCUGGGAACGUCACACCAGGGUCUUGCCCAUCAACGGAAAGCAAAAGGUCUUCCCGAAUGGCACUCUUAUCAUCGAAAACGUCGAACGGCUGAGCGAUCAGGCUACCUACACCUGCGUGGCUCGCAACGCUCAAGGAUACAGCGCAAGAGGAACCCUCGAAGUUCAGGUCAUGGAAGUUAUGAAAUUUGUAUGA